CCACACAGAGGAAUCCAAGGUCUGCUAGGAUGGCUCGCAUGUCUGUUUUCAGAUUCUCAGCUCUGGCUCUGCUGCUGCUGUCUGCCUGCUGUUGGGCCGACAAUGAGGCAGAGGAUGACUCAGCGGAGCUUUCUGUCUCUGAACUUCUGGAGAGAGCCAACAGUAAUCUGAUCCGUUCUGACAAUGAUCCCAUCCUGACUGGAGGAGACAUCGCCAUUGGCAGCGAGGACGAGAGAAACGCCGACCCCUGCACCAGCCAAGGCUGCAUGUGGGGCAAAUACACUGAUGGGAAGGUCUACGUUCCUUAUUACAUCACCAACCACUUCUCCGACCGGGAGAAGGCCAUCAUCACCCGUGGACUGGAGUCCUUCUCUUCCUUCUCCUGCAUCCGCUUCAGGCCAAGCAGAAGCAGCGACCGCGACUGGCUGAGCAUUGAGUCCCAGAAUGGCUGCUACUCCUUCGUUGGCCGUCGUGGUGGGAAGCAGGUGGUGUCUCUGGCCCGGAGUGGAUGCCUUUACCAUGGCACGGUGCAGCACGAGCUGCUCCACGCUCUGGGCUUCAACCAUGAACAGACCCGCUCUGACAGGGACAACCACAUCAAAGUCAUGCUGCAAAACGUUCAGUCUGGAAUGCAGCACAACUUCAAUAAGAUCGCCACCCUGAACCAGGGCACUCCCUACGAUUACAACUCUGUCAUGCAGUACCACAAGUACGCCUUCUCCAAGAACAACCAGCCCACCAUGGUCCCCAUCCCCAACCCCAACGUGUCCUUUGGCAAUGCCAAGGAGAUGAGUCGCAAUGACAAAGCCAGGCUCAACACUCUCUACAAGUGCUAAGAAGCGUUUUCAGAUGUGCUGACAGACGAUCAGAGGCUCCCUGACCAACAGAAGCUGCAGCCCUGAACUCAUCAGCACAACAGCCAAUGAUCAUUCUAUAAAGUUACUUCUACUGGAAUGAAA